AAUUAACUAACAAGCGCAGGAAAACCGGUCUAUGGGAUUAUACUGAAAAAGAUCUGGGAAAAUUUUGGAAAAUUUUGGAUAAUGCGAAAAUUGAUAAUAAUUUCUUUCAGCUAUCCGAGGGCGUCUAUUUCUUGGGUGAUAAAGAGCAUGGCGCCAUUUUAUACAUCCGUAAAUGUUACAUACACUUAGCUAAAAUUAUCUUAAAUGAGAAAAUACAUCGUUGUCGUAUUACCGGUAAUCCCGGAAUUGGCAAAACUUUUUUCGGAUUAUACCUACUUCAUUUGCUUUCGAAACAAAAGAAAACCAUUGUGUACCACCAAGCUUGUCAAUAUCCAAUUCUCUUCAACAAGCAACAUACCUUCUGUAGUGAUAAUAUCGCUGACUUUAAAGAAUACUUGGAUAAUACAGAUGUCUGGUAUAUUGUAGAUGGUCAACCACCACUCAAAGUUCAUGCUAAGACGAUUCUUUUAUGUUCUCCCCAAAAACAACAUUACAAGGAAUUUGAUAAGAUGGUGGGAACAACAAUACGAUUUAUGCCGGUAUGGUCAUGGAACGAGGUCAACGAAUGUAGGAUCGGUAUGUUCAAUCAUCUCGAAGAAGCGAAGGUCGAGGAUUUGUACUCACGUUGGGGAGGGAUUCCUCGAUUCAUCCUAGAAAAAUCUCUAGAUUCCUCUCAGCAAAAUCAUCUCGAAGAUGCAAUUAGCAAGAGUAAUUGGAAAUUAUUUGAAUUUGUUGGAGAAAUUGACCACGCCAAUGAUGUCAGUCACAGGAUCAUUCAUAUUCACACGAAUCUACCCAGUGAGGAGGAAGAAAUGAACGAAGAGGGUGAAGAGAUAUUCUACAUUCAAAAAUUUAUACUAUUUGCGUCUGAAUGGGUGGCUGAAAAAGUGAUGAACAGACUCGAAAGUAAUUACAGUCAACAGUUAAGGAAUUUUGUGACAGCAAGCUCGUCGGAAAAUGAAUACAGUACGCUUCGAGGCGUCAUAUUCGAACAGAUCGCACAUCGAAUUUUACAAAAGGGAGGGUCAUUUAAUAUUCGUCCUUUAGAAUCCGAUUUCAUAAGUUCUACAAUUGUUAUUCCAGAACGAAUUAAGUUGGUGUUCAAUGACAUUAAUAAGAUCGAGGAUGGCAAGUACUGUCAACCGAUUCAAAAGAAUUUUACAUCCAUUGAUGCAGUUGUUGCACCCAACACACUCUUUCAGAUGACCGUGAGCAAGAGUCAUCCUAUUAAUAUGAGUGGCUUGAAAAAGCUUGUUGAAAAAUUGGGUGGAAAGUCGGGAACAAAUCAUAUAUAUUUUUAUUUUGUUCUACCAAAAGAUUUAUACGAUAAUUACCAAGCACAACACUUUCAUACUACCGGCAAAACUGUUGCUAAACUGAUACCACGUUGGAUUACUAAUCGUGUUAAGCAAUACGCAUUGGAAAUUGACUUGAGUUCCCGGUGA